AGUAAGGAGGAAACGAAGGUUUCUCCUAAGAAACAGAAUACAAGGAUUUUAAGAGCUGUGUGUGCUCUGCUGAAUUCUAGAGGGGGCAUGGUAAAGGCUCUUAUUGAAAAUGGGGACUAUAAUUUCAACAGUUAUGGACUAUGGAAAGAUUUGGAUACCUCUUUGAGGGCUAUUUCGCCACUUGUUCAGAGAUACCUAGAUUUCAAGCAGGAAAGAGGCUACUUUUUCAUCUCUGUGAAAUCGUGGAGUCCGGAUAUCUCUGGUUUGCAGCUUGCCACCAUUGCAACCAAUUUGUACAUAAGAAAUGGGACCUCCUGUGCUCAAAUGGACUUGCAUACUGCUCUGCAAUUCUUCAAAGACAAAGCCAACCCUGGACUAAGAUCGCCAAUAAAGAGGUUGCUUGACAAAAUGCCUGGUGAAGAUGUUUUAGAAGAACUCGGGCAAGAAGCUCUCUAUGUUCAAGAAGAACUCCAUGUGCAAGAGCUGGCUGCUGCUUUUUUUGACCAGACUAUACUCACAGAAAUGGCAAAAUUCUCCUUUAGUGAAUCCAAAAAUGUUGAAUAUAAGUCAUUUGGAACAGAUAAGGUGGUACAACGAGUUAAAGAAGCUCUCCCUCGAAUUGUCUCUGCAUUUGCCAACACUGACGGAGGAUAUCUGUUUAUUGGUUUGGAUGAAGAGAAAAAGCAAAUAAUUGGUUUUAAAGCCAAUGAGAAUGAUCUGGUGCAUCUAGAGAGUGAAAUAGAGAAGUAUAUCCAACGGCUGCCUGUCACUCACUUCUGUGAGGAGCAGGAGAAGAUAAAGUACACAUGCAAAUUUAUUCAAGUCCACAGACAGGGAACUGUGUGUUCAUAUGUCUGUGCGCUCAGAGUGGAGAGAUUCUGCUGUGCUGUGUUCAUUAAAAAUCCUGAUUCCUGGCAUGUGGAAGAUGGCUGUUUGAAGAGGUUUACCACGGAGGAAUGGGUCAAGCAUCAGAUGGCUAGCAGGUUAGAGUCAAGAAGGGAACUUAACAUUUAGAAUACAAUUUGCUAGUUGCUAGUUGGAAGACUUUCU